UGCACAAACACAGACAUCUCUGCACACUCUCUCUGAGCCCAUCGGUUAUAAUGGGUGUUGGAGGCAACAGCGUCUUUGAAAACAAACGAUACGUGAGGCAACCACAACCUGGGUGGAGCUCAAACCUUGCAACUGAAACACCCAUCAUUUGGCAACAUGCUGGAGAUGAUUAUCCCUUUCCGGCCCAGAGUUGCCAUCAGCACUUGUCUGGUGUGUGUGCAGAAGACUUGGACUAAUUGUGGUGUAACACUUGGAUGCCUGUUAUUAUUAACAAAUACUGUUACAGUGAUUGCUUUAUCAACAGCUCUGUCUGACGACUCUGAGCAUGAAACAAAUACAGAAGUAGCUUUUCAGCUUGGUGUGCUUGUCGGCGGCUGUUGUUGUUGACCGGCUCCUGUGUGAUGGCUGCACCCUGAAGUGUUGGAGUUGUGGAUUUUAACGGCAGACGGGCAAACAGACACCCUCAGCACAGUGGACGCCUGAAGAGGGAACCCCAGCAGGAACAAUGGCGAAGUACCACUGGCAGAGUCAAAAUGUGAAGCAAAGCGGGGUGGACGACAUGGUCCUGCUAUCUAAGAUCAGUGAGGACGCCAUCGUGGAAAACCUCAAGAGGAGAUACAUGGACGACUACAUCUUUACUUACAUCGGUCCUGUGUUAAUAUCGGUGAACCCGUUCAAACAGAUGCCCUAUUUCACCGACAGGGAGAUCGAACUCUACCAAGGAGCAGCCCAGUAUGAAAAUCCGCCGCACAUCUACGCCCUGACCGAUAACAUGUACAGAAAUAUGAUGAUCGAUGUGGAGAAUCAGUGUGUCAUCAUUAGCGGUGAGAGUGGUGCCGGCAAGACGGUCGCUGCCAAAUACAUCAUGGGUUACAUUUCUAAAGUAUCUGGAGGUGGAUCCAAAGUGCAGCACGUGAAAGACAUCAUCCUGCAGUCAAAUCCUCUGCUGGAAGCGUUUGGGAACGCUAAGACUGUCCGCAACAACAACUCUAGUCGUUUUGGGAAAUACUUUGAAAUUCAGUUCAGCAGAGGAGGAGAGCCGGACGGGGGCAAAAUUUCAAACUUCCUUUUGGAGAAGUCGAGGGUGGUGACGCAGAACGAGAGCGAGCGGAACUUCCACAUUUACUAUCAGAUGAUAGAGGGUGCCAGCACUCAGCAGAAAGAAAGCCUGGGCAUCAUGACCCCGGACUACUACUACUACCUCAACCAGUCUGGGACGUACAAGGUGGACGGCACCAACGACAGCAAAGACUUCCAAGAGACCAUGGAAGCCAUGCAGGUUAUUGGGAUCCCAGGUGACCAUCAGCUUCAGGUGCUGCAGAUCAUCGCAGGCAUCCUUCACCUGGGAAACAUCUGCUUCAUAGAGGCGGGCAACUAUGGGCAGGUGGAAAGCGUGGACUUGCUCGCCUUCCCUGCUUACCUUCUGGGCAUCGACGCCGGCCGCCUUCAGGAGAAGCUGACGAGCCGAAAGAUGGAUUCAAAGUGGGGAGGGAAGUCCGAGUCCAUCGAUGUGACCCUCAACCAGGAGCAGGCCACGUACACGCGCGACGCCCUGGCCAAAGCCCUUUACACACGCGUCUUCGACUACCUCGUGGAGGCCAUAAAUAAAGCCAUACGCAAACCUCAUGAGGAAUUCAGCAUCGGCGUGCUCGACAUCUAUGGCUUUGAGAUAUUCCAGAAAAACGGAUUUGAGCAGUUUUGCAUAAACUUCGUCAACGAGAAGCUGCAGCAGAUCUUUAUUGAGCUCACGUUGAAGGCUGAGCAGGAAGAGUAUGUCCAGGAGGGCAUCAAGUGGACGCCCAUUGAGUAUUUCAACAACAAGAUUGUGUGCGACCUUAUUGAAAAUAAGAGCCCUCCUGGUAUCAUGUGCAUACUGGACGAUGUGUGCGCCACCAUGUAUGCUAAAGGGGAGGGCGCCGACGGCACGCUGCUGCAGAAAAUGCAGGCUGCCGUGGGAACACAUGAACAUUUCAACAACUUCAGCUCGGGCUUUGUUGUGCAUCACUACGCUGGAAAAGUGUCGUAUGAGGUCAACGGCUUUUGCGAGAGAAAUCGAGACGUGCUCUUCACUGACCUCAUCGAGCUCAUGCAGAGCAGCGAAUUCGAUUUCAUCCGUAGCUUGUUCCCUGAAAACCUCAACACGGACAAGAAGAGCCGGCCAACGACAGCGGGCUUGAAAAUCAAGAAACAAGCUAAUGAUCUGGUGAAGACGCUGAUGAAGUGCACUCCCCACUACAUACGCUGUAUCAAACCCAACGAGACAAAACGGCCGAGAGACUGGGAGGAGAGCAGAGCCAAGCAUCAAGUGGAAUACCUCGGGCUGCGGGAAAACAUACGGGUACGGAGGGCCGGGUUUGCAUACCGACGGCUCUUCAAUAAGUUUCUGAUGAGAUAUGCGAUUUUAACAGCGGAAACGUGGCCGAGCUGGAGGGGGCCGGAGCAGCAGGGGGUCCUUCAUCUCCUCCAGUCCGUCAACAUGGACCACGACCAGUACCAGAUGGGACGCACCAAAGUCUUCGUCAAGAACCCAGAAUCGCUGUUUCUACUCGAGGAGAUGAGGGAAAGGAAGUUUGACACUUUUGCAAGAAUCAUCCAGAAGGCCUGGAGAAAGUUCAUCGCCAGGAAGAAGUACGAACAGAUGAGAGAAGAGGCCUCCGACAUCCUGUACAACUCCAAGGAGCGGCGGAAGAACAGCAUCAACAGGAACUUUGUCGGGGACUACCUCGGGCUGGAGCAGAAACCGGAGCUGCGGCAGUUUCUGUCCAAGAGGGAGCGCGUCGACUUCGCCGAUUCGGUGAACAAGUUUGACCGUAGGUUCAAGUCGAUCAGGAGAGACCUGAUCUUGACCCCUAAAGCCAUCUAUUUGAUUGGCCGGGAGAAGGUGAAAAAAGGACCUGAGAAGGGGCAGAUCAAAGAGGUGCUGAAACGGAAGCUGGAGUUUGACAGCAUCCACGCCGUCUCUCUCAGUACGAGACAGGACGAUUUCUUCAUCUUGCACGAGGCCGCGUACGACAGUCUGCUGGAGUCCAACUUUAAGACAGAGUUCCUCAGUUUGCUGUCGAAACGCUACGAGGAAGUGACCAAGAGGAAACUGACAAUCUCCUUCUCUGACAGACUGGAGUUUAAAGUGAAGAAGGAGGGCUGGGGGGGGGGCAGCUCCAGAGUGGUGGCCUUCCAGAGGGGCGACGGCGACCUGGCCCAGGUCAAACCUGCAGGGAAAACCCUCACUGUCGCCAUCGGAGACGGCCUACCCAAGUCCUCCAAGCCAACCAGGAAAUCUGCUCCAGAAUAUCGUGGUGGAGGGAGAAAUCACGUACCCAACAGAGCGCACCAGAACGGAGCAGCCAAGUUUUCCCGAGCCCCUCCCAGCCAGCAGUCAGACAUCACGUAUUCCUCCCCACACAAACAGGGCAGGCCGCCCAGCACGGCUCCACCCAAACUGGGUCCCCAGAAGACUUUGCGUACGCCAGCCAGCAACCAGUAUAACCAGGGCAACCGGGACUUCCUUAAUGUGCCUGACCAAGGCAUGUCCGGGCAGCAGAGGAAGAGGAGCAUCAGCCGUAAACCUCCUCCCGCUCCUAAACCUCAGCCACCGCCUCAGGGUCCCCGGUGCCGGGCGUUGUACCAGUACGUCGGCCAGGACACGGACGAGAUCAGCUUCGAGGUCGAUGAUGUAUUUGACCUUGUCAAAGAAGAUCCGUCCGGCUGGUGGACCGGCAGGAUCCAGGGAAGGGAAGGUCUGUUCCCUGGUAACUACGUGGAAAAGAUUUGACUUGUUGUCAUGGACCUGCACGUUGUUUUGUUUUGUUUUUUUCUAGGGAGGGGGG